AUGCGCAUCCUGCAGACCAACUUGGGACGGUCGAGACGAGCACAAGACCUGCUCUACCAAACCAUACGAGAGAGCACGGUCGCCCUAGCGGUAAUGACCGAACUAUACAGAGUUCUAGAUACCCCGGACUGGACCGGAAGUGCAGACGAAAUAGUAGCGGUCACCUGGACAUCAACGCCGGGGGCGUUCGCCCACGCACUCCCGCUAGAGCGCGGGAACGGAUACGUCGCGGUCGAGUGGGCAGGAAUGGUGGUGGUGGGCGUGUACGUAUCACCCAACAGCGGAUGGGCAGCGUUCGAGGAGUUCCUGGACGGGAUUGGCGACUGCGUCAGACGGCACUUUCCCCGGCAGAUACUGGUGCUAGGAGACUUCAACGCGCACUCAGCGGAAUGGGCAAACCCCAGGACCAACGCGCGCGGCCGCGCGCUGUCAGACUGGGCCGCGGGACUUGGGCUCCUACUGGUGAACAGGGGCACGACCAGCACCUGCGUGACGUGGAGGGGGAGCUCAGUCGUUGACAUCACUUGGGCUUUCCCUGACACAUUCAGACGAAUCACAGGCUGGAGAGUAGCUGAAGGGAUCGAGACACUCUCGGACCACCUCUACAUAUUCAUGGAGGUGAAAGGCAUGCCUGGACCUGGAACGGUGACCGCCGGUAAUGGCCGCGACACACGGAGAAGAGGAAGUGCGCGCCCACCACCAAGGUGGAAAAGCAAGGAGAAGGACGACGAUCUACUUUGA